AUGCCAUCAGUUAGCAGUUCGAGAAAUGAAUUUCCGAUGCUCUCGAGUACUUGCUCCUCUGCGAGCUGGUCAAAAAUCGGCCUCAUAGCAUACCCCGAUAACUCAACGGCGGAUGGCAAUCUAUCGAUUACUUUUCUAGAAACGAUAAAUGGAACGAAUUGGAAGUUUCACAAACCAUAUAAUUAUUUGAUACACCCUCACAUGUACGAUGAUCCCAAAUCGAAUGGUUCAUCUACUUCUAAUGGCGUGAAACAGGGCCAAUUUUUCUAUGAUAUUGAUUUUGUUAAGUGGAAUAACUGGUCUCUACUUGGUGGAGAACUAUUGGCCGUAUCUGACUCUGUUGGAAAUCUCACAAUUCUGGCUGCGAGCCUCAACGAUGAAGGUAAUACUACAUAUGAAUCUCUUUCCAUGCUUUUCCAGGAUACCAUUUUUAAAGUUCACAAUAAGUUCUUACAUCUCACCCCAAUCAACAGCUAUACCUCUGCUGAUGCUAAGGAUAAUUCGAAACUAGAAAGAAAAGGGACUAAAAAGGAGUACAUGACUAGAAUAUUGGAUUUUCAAUGGUGUGGGAACUCCAAACCCAUCCUUACACCCCUGGGUGCCAUGAAGACUCCACAAACUGAACCACCAUUCUAUAAAAAUCAUAUCCAGAACUGCACUCCAAUUGGGGUAUUCCACCCAGCAUCAGUAAAACACGCUUUCACGGCAAUAAGAACUAAUGGGAUGGUAGAUUUUUGGUACCAACUCUCCAAUUCGAAGGAUUUCAAAAAAAUCUCUCUACCAGUUAAUCAAGGAUCAAGGCAGAACGAAUUUGAGUGGUUGGAAAAUGCGUCAAUUGCUCAUAUGGAUGAAGAUCAAUGCUUCCUUAUUGGAACAUUCUCCAACGUUAGCCAAAAAAUAAAUUUCUACAAACUAAAAGUGGACUGGAACGUUAAUGGAAGUACUGUCAAUGACCCUUCACUCCAGCUGACACAUAUCUACGAAAUGUUACCGGAAACAACAUAUAAGGCAUCCGUGCUACUAAAAUUAACAAACAUGAAAAUACUUUCAAGAACACCGAUUCCAAAUUCAAAGCCUGAAAUUCUACUAACUUAUAGAUCCCUCAAUCAAAAUCAAUCCGCAACUACUUUUCGUUCCAUUGUUAAAAGAUACCAAAUCACUUCCACCUCUCUGAAUGAGACAUUCUUAGAAUCUCUGAGUAUUCAAGUUCCCUCGCAACGGAUAACUCAUUAUUGUCUCAAAUCGAUGGGAACUUUAGAAUUACAAAAUCUGUUGAAGGAAAUUACAGCUGAAGAUCUCUGUAUUUCUACAGCUUUUAAAUACGACGAUGGACAUAUUGAGAUUUACAGCAGGAAUAAUUGGAAGCUGCAAAUUGGUACUGAAAGUAGUACGACAGGAGGCUACGACAAGCCUUUUAUUCAAUCAAUGUUCUCCGUUGGUUUCAAAUAUCAGGAUAUCCCAACCUCUGCUAACGUUGAAUGGAGCAUAAUAUCUCCUUCCAUGGGGGGAACGUUAAUCAAAUUUCUCAAUGAACCCUUGCCUGUUUUCAAAAGUGUUCUAAAUGAGGUAAUUACUGAUCCUAUUCGUGACCAAAUCCAUGCCACCGGUUUGGCACUUGUAUUUGUGAUAUUGAGCCAUAGAAACUUUUCAGGAGAGGAUAUUACUAUAACCAUUAAAACUCACGUUUUGAGGCUUCAGGAACUUGAUCCGAAGAGAGCGCUAAACUUUAUAUCAAUGCUCAUCUCAACUAUUUUUGGAUUAUAUGGGCUUGUUCUUGAUGGCACAAAAGGCACCCUUGAUAAGGCAUUACAGUCUAAAGCCGUGCAAAAAAUACUUUUACUACAAAUGGAAAUGGGUCCACAUAUUAUAGCCAACAAAAACAUAUAUUCUGUUGGAUAUAUUGCAAUGAAGCUAAGAAAUAUGAAUAUUGCAUUCAACGGUGUGGCCCGAAAUGUUCAAGCAAUGAUCCAACACACUUCUAACAUCAGCAUGCUGCCCAAUGGAAAAGUUUUUCAAUUUGCCUUUUCUAAGCAGGAUUUGAUUUAUUCUGUUUUGCCAUCUGCAAAAUGGAUAAUAACGUUCAUUUCCUUUGUGACCCAGCAGUUAAUUCUAAAAGUUAACAAUGUUCCAGACAGCGAUGAGAGCUUAUUGAUAAGUUUAUUUGGGUCCAGGAUCAUCAGACACCUUGUGAGUAAGGUCAUUCGGGAAUUAACAAACAUAGCAAACUUAAUGAUAAAAUUCCCCGAAAUUGCAUUUCCAAUUCUCAAUGAAUCAUCUCAAUUCUUCAGAAAGGUAAUUAAUGACUGUACGGUUAAUUUGGACUUAUUUGAAACCUUCCUGUCUGAAUUUGGAAGUAAAAUUAAUGAACUCGAUCAGAACACAGUAAUCGUUCAACAAAAAUAUGAAGCAGAAUUCUUAAUCAAAACAGAAGUUCCUGAUAGUCUACCGGAAUUUGACAGUAUCUUACGAGCUACAACAAUGUCAUUUCUACUGCCUAACAUCAAUCUUUCAACUGUUUUCUUCACCGACACCUCAUUUUUGAACCUAUGCUGGGAAGAAAAAUUCAAAAACGAGCUAUUGUCACUUCAAGCUCCCAUAACUAAUGGACUAGUUACAAAUGAAUCUUCUGUGUCUCUAACCGAUAGUGUCCCAGAUUCGAUAUACGAUGAUAUCACUAGUGAGCAUGUUGACUUGACGAAGAGGUCCGUGAUUAAAAAGUGCUGUCGUUGUGGCACAUUCACUAGGGCCGGUUAUCCCGUGGAUGGACAGAAUACUGUUGUUUCCACUUCAAUAGUUACUAAGCGAUGGACUGCUUUAUAUUACAGGAACUGUCACUGUACUGGGUUGUUGUAUGAAAUAAAGCUCAAAUGA